CGGCGAUUUAAAGAACGCAUAUAACUCAACAAAGAAUGGAAGAAGUGAAAGUGCUUGGAGCUUGGCCUAGUCCAUAUAAUUUCAGAGUGAUAUGGGCUCUAGAGCUCAAGGGUGUGAAGUAUGAAUACGUAGAAGAGAAUUUGGUUAACAAGAGUGAUUUGCUUUUGCAUUACAACCCAGUUCACAAAAAGAUUCCGGUACUCGUUCACAAUGGGAAACCAAUCACCGAGUCCGCUGUGAUCCUCGAGUACAUUGAGGAGACUUGGCCCCAGAAUCCCCUCCUUUCAGAUGACCCUCAUGAGAGAGCGUUGGCGCGGUUCUGGACAAAGUUUAUAGACGAAAAGGGGUUACCUUAUCUUAAAUUUAUGGCUGAUGGGGAAGAACAUGAGAAGGCUGCAAAAGAAAUCAGAGAUGUAUUCAAGAUCUUAGAAGAGCAAGCUCUGGGAGAGGAGGACUUCUUUGGUGGCAAUGAAAUAGGGUUGGCUGACUUGGCGUUGGGAUUUAUAGCCUCCUCUUUUGGAGUGAUUGAACAAGUUGUUGGUGUCAAAGUACUGCAUGCCAAUGAGUUCCCUCGCUUGUGUAAUUGGAUUAACAAGUUUAGGGAAAACCCAGCUAUAAAAAAGAGCCUCCAUCCUGAUAAAAUGUUUCUGUUUUACAAGCAGAGGAGGGAGAUGAUCCUUGCUUCAAGGCCUUGAAUUGCUUUCUUUCAGCAUCUUUUUAGCCUUUGCAUAUAUGAAAGUGGUUAAGACAAAGAAAGAAAAAUAAUGGUUGUUAUUCUAAAAAAAUGUUACUAGUCA